CAAACUCAAAUGGCAUCAAAGAAACUGAAUGAGUGUCAUCAAAUUAUCCUAAGCAUUUUUUAUUUUUAUUACUUUUGUUGGUUGUUACGUACAAGCAUGAGUUCUACUACUGCUGCAAAUGGAAGUAAGAAGGGAGAUAAAAAUGAGGAAUCAUGUUUAUGGUCAUUUUGGUUUGAAGGUUUUGCUUCGAUUAUUAAGGAAAUAUGUAAUAAAAGUGACAAAAGGAGGAUUAUUCACAGCAUCAAAGUAGGAGUGGCUUUGGUUCUUGUGUCGCUCUUGUAUUUGGUCAAUUCCAUGUUCAAACAAAUCGGAGAGAAUGCCAUGUGGGCUAUCAUGACCGUUGUCGUCAUGUUCGAGCUCUAUGCAGGAGCUACAUUGAGCAAAGGGAUAAACCGAGGGAUUGGAACGUUGGUAGGAGGAGGAAUGGGGUGUUUGGCUGCAGUUUUAGCGGCUGAAAAUGAAGGGAUUGCUAAACCAACAACCAUUGCUACUUCACUAUUUCUCUAUGGCACUGUUGCGACAUAUUAUAGAAUGGUGCCAAAAAUCAAGAAGAGAUACGAUUAUGGAUUCAUGAUUUCGAUCCUAACUUUCAAUCUGGUGGCGGUCUCCGGCGUUCGGGCGGAGAAAGUGGUGGAGGUGGCGCGCGACCGCCUCGCCGCCAUCGGCAUGGGCUUCACACUUUGCAUCUUCGUCAACUUGUUCGCAUAUCCCAUUUGGGCUAGUAACGAACUUCAUUUCUCCACGGCAUCCAAGUUUAAUAAACUUGCUAAUAGUAUCCAAGGAUGCUUUGAUGAAUAUUUCAAAUUGGGUCAUGACAAGGAAAAUCAUGAUAAAGUGGGAGAUGGUAGUGCAUCUAUUCAAGCUUGCAAGAUAGUUAUCAACUCCAAAUCCAAUGAUGAAGCACUGGCAAAUCAUGCAAAAUGGGAGCCUUGGCAUGGAAAAUUCGGACUGUAUUAUCCAUGGGAUAAAUAUUUAGAAAUUGGAGAGCAUCUAAGAGAACUUGCUGCAACUAUUAUCUCUCUUAAAGGAUGUCUUCAAUCCCCCAAACAGCCGCCACCAUUGAAAAGGCAGAUCCUAAAGGAAGCAUGUGAAAAUUUCUUGUUAUCAAUGGUGUGGAUAUUGAAGGAGAUUGGAGAGAGCAUUGGGAAAAUGGAGAAGUGCCAAACAAAGCUUUCAAUAAACCCAAAACUGCAGUCGAUGAAAUUACAAUUGAGCCCCCCUCGGUUCUCCUCUUGCAAGAUCGAAGUUGUCGAAACUGAUGAAAAUCUUGCCAUUUCCACCUUGAAUUUCUUGCUGUUGGAAGUUGUGGAGAAGGUUGAAAUAUUGGCAGCAAAAGUGGAAGAAUUGGGGGAGAUUGCGAAUUUUAGAGCCACCAAAAUGGAUGUAUAAUAUAUGUAAAUACUUGACAAAUUAAUUUUGUUAACAUAUAAGCCUUACUUCCAAGAUAAUUAUACUAAACUAAAGAAAUACAUAUAACGAGUAAUGAUGAUAUAAGAGAGAUUAUAUAUUUUUUAUUUAAAAUUA